CAAGAGAUCAGAUGUGCGCGCGCCUCCGGAACACCCCUUCUGGUUUUCUGAAAAGGGGGCUGGCUGUGUUGGGAAAUCGGAUUUCGACUAUACGCCGCGGUGACCUCUGCAAUCGCCAGCACUUCAAUUUGGCAAGUGGAACGGGACGUUUUCGCUGACAUUGUGUUUUCAGACGCGUGAUAAAAAAAAAGGUAAAUGAUUUGUUUUUGGGUCACAUGAUGACAGUGGCGAUAGAGCGGCUGUGAAGUUCUCUUUGCGUUGUUUGUUUUCAGAGCGUAAGGAACGCGACAACAUGGACUACAAACCAAUUAUGGACCACGGAAGGUCGAGUUACGGCGUGCCCAAUCCGGGUUAUCUCCCAUCAGCCGACGGUCCUUCUGCAUUGUUUGCCCCACCCGCGCCUGACUCUCAAGGGCCAAGCGCUCCGCCAGCCAGCAUGUUUGAUAACAUGCCCGGCUACGAAGGCACCGUGGCGGGCGGAGGAGGUGGAUUUCUGCCCCCUCCGAUGCCAACGCAUCCGACUCCUCAGCCUCCACCGGGACCUGAACAACCGCAAUGGAAUAUUCCGUCAAUAAGUGAGGCUACGGCGCGGGAGGCGUUUGCACUGUGGGUCUCCAGCAAGUGUUGUUAUAGUUCGGCACCGGCAAAAGAUGGAGUGAUCACCAACAUGGAGGCUUUCAACACCUACAGGUACCGCUUGGAAACGUUCACCGAAUCGAGAUCGACCGAGUGGAGUCAUGAGCCGUAUAAGGGCCAGCCGGUGGAUGCAUACGCCCAACCUCCUCCGGGGCCCUGGGACAUUCCUGCAACGGCCCCCAGUUUUUUUACCGAGAGUCAACAGAUCAUCAAAGUUCCCUACACUUCCUCUAUGAAGAGCUGUCACGUUUGCAUGGGAAUGGGACGGACAACUUGCAAAGACUGUACCGGCGCAGGCAAUAAAGUUUGCUGGGUAUGCAACGGGGCCGGUUUCCGCCAUGGAAACGAGCGAUGCAAUACUUGCUUCGGCAGAGGGCGGGAAAACUGCCACUUCUGCCACGGACAAGGAUUCAAGCAAUGCCCCACUUGUCAUGGAAAACAGCAGCUUUUGGUCUAUAUCAACCUCACCGUAAAAUGGACCAACAACUCGGAUGACUAUGUCGUGGAGCAAUGCAGUGGACUUGACUUGAAUAACCUGAGCCAAGUGUCUGGCAGGGAGGUUUUCAAGGACUCUCAGUACUUGGUUUAUCCAGUGAUGGGGUUCCCGGACCCUGCUGUGGUGAAUGCCGCACAGCGUUUAAUCGGCGAACACCAGGGCAGGUUCUCCCAGAGCGGUCGCAUUCUUCAUCAGCGUCAAACUAUCGAACUGAUCCCUGUCACCAAAGUGACCUACUCGUGGAAAGGGAAAACACACGUUUACUUUGUCUAUGGAAAUGAAUUUAAAGUCAAUGCAGACAACUACCCUGCCACCUGUUGCUGCGCAGUGAUGUAACUGCAGAAGCCGAUGUGUCCCUAUUGUUCUCUCUCGGUAAUGAUGAAAUCUUAAUCAAUGCAGACACCCACCUUGCCACCUGUUGCUGCACAGCAAUGUCAGUGCAGAAGCCAAUAUGUCCAUAUUCUUCUCUCUCCUGACGAUGAAAUCCAAAUUGAAAUUGUAUGCUUGACGUAUUGACUAUAUGACAGUAUAUGGUAUGUCCAUAAAAGUCUGAAUGAUAUGAAGAGAAAGGUCUUGCUACCCAAGCAUAGCAAAGCAAAGCAUAUCGUUAAAAAUGCUUGACCAUGUCUUUCAUCAUACUUUCCUGUAUACAGAACUUUUUUUUCUUGUUGUAUUUUUCUAAAUCAACCCAUGUAUAACUUCUGUGUCAAUGUUUCAAACAAGCGCAUUUCAUAACAGGUUAUGAAUAUCGUUAAAAAUGCUCAAUGAGUACAACCAUCUAUUUAAUCAUACAUUCCUGUAUACAGAACUUUCUUUUAUUGUUGUAUUUUUCUAAAUCAACGUGUGAUUUCUGUGUCAAUGUUUCAGACGAAUGUAUUUUAUUACACGCUUUGACUAAUGUUUUGUAUAAUUAAGACUGCACGUGCUUUUGAAUAAAUACUCGUACAACCUGUA